AUGCCAUUCACACAUCGUAUUUUAGUUUUCAUCGCUGCAAUAGGAUUGGUGGUCACAUUUUGGCAAGGUCCAGCAGUUUCGGCAUGGUUGGCAUAUCAUAGUAAAAGUCUCUCAUCACAGCAAUUAUUCAGCUCCAGCUCUCUCGAUGAGAUCAUUCAAAGAAGAGUUGUUGCAGUGGCAGAUUUGCAUGGUGAUUUGGAACAUGCACAUAACGUCUUGCGAAUGGCACAUUUGAUCGAUAAUGAGGAUGUGCCAAAUUGGAUAGGAGGUCAUGACGUUCUCGUUAGUACGGGUGAUAUUGUCGAUCGAGGAGAUGAUACGAUUGCACUUUAUCAAAUGUUUCAAAGGUUACGACAGCAAGCUCGAUCACAAGGUGGUGAUGUGUUGAACUGUAUCGGAAAUCACGAAAUGAUGAACGCUCUGAUGGAUUGGAGAUAUGUAACAAAAGGCGAUUUGAAGAGCUUCGGAGGAGCAAAAGCAAGAAGGCAUAUCAUGUCUACCGAUGGUUGGAUAGGACAAGAUUGGACAUCAAACUUUUCCAUAUCCCACACGAUCGAGCUCUUGUCACCCUCUCAUCUUCCUCCGUCGUUAUCGAAAGCGUACAGCGUUCCUAGAGCAAGCUUUGUACAUGGCGGCAUUCAUCCAAAGUGGGCAGCUUUAGGCCUUUCACACAUUAACCAAGUAGGUCAUAGCUUAUUGGUAAAAGCACUUUCCAAUCCUAAACCUCAAGGUUGGCUACCGGACGGCACAACGAAAGAAGAGACUGAAUUUUAUGGUGAAAAUGGUCCGCUAUGGUAUCGUGGUUAUGCACUUGACGAAGAAAAAGCCGUUUGCAAUGAAGCGGACAAAGCACGAAUAGAUUUAGGCGUACGACAUCUGGUUAUGGGACAUACUCCUCAUCUUUCAGGCUUUGUCAUUCGUUGUUCAGGCAGCGUUUUGUUGAUUGAUACCGGCAUAUCACGUGCUUAUGGUGGAGAACAAUCAGCUUUGAUCUUUGAUACUUCUGUUCAGCCAAUUCAGGGGAAAGACGUCUGGGAGGAAAAGUCAACGAUCACUGCUCUGUAUAAAGGCCGCAUGCCAAAGAUUAUCGAUUCAAAAGUACGUCAUAUUGAGGUGUGA